CCUGCUUAUUUUAUUCCCCGACUGGAGAGGGAAGAGGAGCCUUUUUAAAUACACAGAUAUAAAGGAGACAUGCAUUAGGACUUUCACUAUUUAGGCAACCCCACAAGCUGGCGGAUGCUGCAGGGAAAGGACUGGGUAUGGUAGGGCAGCCGUACCAUUCCAGUGGACCUUGGCCAUGGUGUCAUACUAGCUGCAUCUUCCUCCACUGGUGCCACAGGGAAGCCACAGGUCUUAGCCAAAGCACCACCAGCUUCCCAAAGCCCGUGCCUCUGAUUGUGGAACCCUUCAAACCGACAAGAAAGGAAGGCUGAGAAUGUAAAUUUCAGGGCCACCACCUGACCUCUCUGUAGAUUUAGACAAAUCUUGUAAUCUCCCUUUACUCCAGUUUCCUCCUGUAUCUGAUGGCGGACAAUACAACCAAUCUCCAGGGGAGUUAUGAUGCUUAGUGGGACGACACGUGUUUGCUAGCACGGUUGUCACUGGGCAGGAAGGCGAGUGAAGACAUAAAAUUCUUCUAAAAGGAUAACGAAACCCACAUCAGCUUUUCUUUUUCCCAUUUUCAUGCCUGUGCAUGUAUGUGCAUACUUGCGUUUGCAUGUGAAUGCCCCAGACUCCGUUGGGAAUCAUCUUUAAUUGUGGUUCUAACUUUGGAUUGAAGCUGCGUUUCUCAGUUACAGGUAGGCACCACGCCCACUGGGCGUUUUCACCUGGAUUCUGGGGAUUUGAAUCCCAGUCCUGUGUGUUGCAUGGCAAGUGUUUUAACCACUGCCCACCUCAGUCAAGCAAAGGUGUGAGUGUUGUUAAGAUCCAGGCAGGGUGGCAAGAGGGUGUUGCUGUGCCACCAGACAGGAGACUUGCCUAAGGAUGUCAUGUGUGUUGAGGGAGAGAAGAAGCAAGAAAAAGGAGAGGGAAGAGGAAGAGGAGAAAAAGGAAAAGAAAGAGAGGCUUGAGGAACAGAGAGAAAAUAAAGUGGGGCGGAGAAAGGAGAGAAACAGAAAUAAAGUAAGAAGUGGGGAGGCAAAGAAGAUAAAGGGAGAAAUGUGGAUGCAAGAGAAAAAGAAAACAAGAGGGGGCGCUAGAGAUAAAGGAAGAGGAGAGAGGAAAGGGAGAAGAUAAAAGGAGAGAAAGAUAUGAAAGAGAGGGAGGGAAAAGAAAGCAAGAAAAGGAGGGAGGAACCAAUGAGGACUAGUAACCAGAAGGCUAGAAAGGAGCCGAGGACCAGGCGCUCGAUGCGCUCGUCGCUCACCCUUCGGGCCUUGACUGAGCGGGACGUAAGGCCCCGCCCCAGGCCCGCCCCUCGUCCCGCGGGCCGCUGGCUAAGCUAGGAAGCUAGGAAGCAGCUGGCUCUGCGGAGGCGACAUGUACCGGUUCCUGUCAAGCGUGACAUCUCGGGCUACGGCCACCGCAGGCCCAGCCUUGGGCGGAGGGCGGCGUGGGGCGCACGGGCGACCCGGCCUGCCUAUGCUGAGCCUUGGAUGGGCCGGCGGCCUGGGGCUCGGGCUGGGGCUGGCUCUUGGGGCGAAACUGGCGAUUGGGCUGAGGGGCGCCGUCCCCAUUCAGUCCCCCGCGGACCCCGAGGCGUCCGGCGCUACUGAGCUGCCGCAUGAGCAGGCCCCGGGCCCAGGGAGCCCGCACACGCCUGCGUCGCCCGCUGCCAGGGGCUUCUCCAGAGCCAUAGAGAGCAGCCGCGAUCUGCUGCACCGGAUCAAGGAUGAGGUUGGUGCCCCUGGCAUAGUGGUUGGAGUUUCUGUAGAUGGAAAAGAAGUCUGGUCAGAAGGUUUAGGCUAUGCAGAUGUGGAGAACCGAGUACCCUGCAAACCAGAAACGGUCAUGAGAAUUGCAAGCAUCAGCAAAAGCCUUACCAUGGUGGCUCUGGCUAAACUGUGGGAAGCAGGGAAGCUGGAUCUGGACCUCCCCGUGCAGCACUAUGUCCCUGAGUUCCCAGAAAAAGAAUACGAGGGUGAAAAGGUCUCUGUCACAACGAGAUUACUAAUUUCCCACUUAAGUGGAAUUCGUCAUUAUGAAAAGGACAUGAAGAAAGUGAAAGAAGAGAAGGCUUAUAAAGCCUUGAAGAUGAUGAAAGGGACACCACCCCCUGACCAAGAGAAAGAACUGAAAGAAAAGGGAGGCAAGGAUAACGACAAGAGCGACUCACCGAAAGCCAAAGCUGAGCAGGACAGUGAAGCCAAAUGCCGCAGCGCAAAGCCGGGCAAGAAGAAGAAUGACUUUGAACAAGGCGAAUUAUAUUUGAAAGAAAAGUUCGAAAAUUCGAUCGAAUCACUAAGAUUAUUUAAAAAUGAUCCUUUAUUCUUUAAACCUGAUUUUAUGUGUACAAUAAAAAGAAACGUCUUGUCAACACACCUUACGUGGAUAACUCCUAUAAAUGGGCUGGUGGUGGAUUUCUGUCCACGGUGGGGGACCUCCUGAAGUUUGGGAAUGCAAUGCUGUAUGGCUACCAAGUUGGGCUGUUUAAGAACUCAAAUGAAAAUCUCUUGCCUGGAUAUCUCAAGCCAGAAACGAUGGUGAUGAUGUGGACCCCAGUCCCUAACACAGAGAUGUCCUGGGAUAAAGAGGGCAAAUAUGCCAUGGCGUGGGGUGUUGUAGAGAAGAAGCAAACGCACGGCGCCUGCAGGAAGCAGCGGCACUACGCCUCACACACUGGAGGUGCCGUGGGUGCCAGCAGUGUGCUGCUGGUCCUCCCUGAAGAACUGGACCCAGAGGCCGUAAACAACAAGGUUCCCCCGAGGGGAAUAAUUGUCUCAAUCAUAUGCAACAUGCAGUCUGUGGGCCUCAACAGCACUGCUUUAAAGAUCGCCCUGGAGUUUGAUAAAGACAGAGCCGACUAAUCCUAACCGCGGCACAGGUCCACAGUGAGCCUUCCGUUCUGUGAAAUGUUGACGUUCCAAAAUACAAAAACACUUUAAGAAUACAUUUGUAAUAGAAUACAGUUAAAUGUGGAAAAUUAUGUACCUCUAAUUGCUUAAUUUUGUAAUUGCCUUUUUAUUGGACAAUUAGUUCUUUACACUCAGGGAAAUAGCAGUUGUUUCUACUUUUUUUUAAAGUGUUAACUCUUGAAAUAAAAUAUUCUGAUAAAAGGA